GAUAUACUCCAUUAAUCAUAAUAUUCUGGUCUUUUAUUUUAUUUAAUACAAUGCGUAAUAUGAAGUGUAGUUGUGAAAAGAAAGUCUUUGUUAAAUAGUAGGAAAAGUACAGCAGAGUUGUGGAGUUAAAGUGAGGCACUGUAAGUGUUCGCUUGUGGUAUCAUAUAAGAGCCAUCCUGCAGCUGGUAAGACGUUUCUCCCUCUCUCAUCCGCUAGAUAACACCUCAACCACACACACCUGCUUCAUACGUAUUAAUUUUAUCUCCAGAGCGAGUCAAAAAUAGUUUUUGCAGCUGCUUCAUGACCAGAGAGCUUCGCAAGCGUCACACAAUGGAGCUGGCACCAAUUGCUAACUUACGAGAGACUGAUGCUGAAGAUGUUGGGAAUGGGAGUACCAAUCAUGCACACAAGCCAGGUUCUGGUAAUGGAGGGGUUGAUGAUGGCUUUGACACAGUUCCAAGUAGGCCCCCAACAAAUGAUGUUCCACGAAGAUCUCCAUUCCCUCACUCUCCAUCCCCAGGCCCACCAGGAAGGGGUGGCUAUAUACCUGUGGCCACAGACCCUCCAAUCAGUGGCAGGCCUGGGAAGAAACCACUUGAUGUAAACUUAUAUGCAACUAAGAAAACUGUAGCCCAAGGCAUGAUGGAUCUAGCACUCCUCACAGCUAAUGCUAACCAGUUACGCUAUGUUAUUGAAGCUGGCAAAUUUGGCAAUCUUGGUCCUAAUUACUACAUCAGUAUAACUUUCAUCUCAAUCAGCAUUAUCUUGCAGCUGGUGAUCGGUGUGGCUUUGAUCAUCAUGGGGCGGUACAACGUGUCACAUGACAGCCAUGCUCAGAAAGCUGAUACCCUCAAUAACUGGAUAGUUCUUGGUGUAUUUCUCAUUACUGUAAUCAAUGUUUUCAUUUCAUCAUUUGCUAUUGAACCCAUGGAAGGCUAUGAUCCUGUCCUUUUGAGAGCUGCAUUGACGGAGUCACCCUCUGAAAAGUUGAUUAGUAAUUAAGCCUCAGAUAAGGGAGAAUUGGUUGAAUUUUCUCAUAUAUUAAGCUAAUCUGUGUACUUUAUAUCAUUUUUAUUAACAAUGCUAUUAUGUACAUUAAUGAGAACACUGAACUUUAUUUCAGUUAAAACUAAUUUAGUACUGUGCACAAAAAGUUUAUUACUGUACAUUAUGGUAUUGUACUGCUCAUUAUUUCUAAGUGAUAAAUAUCCCACUAUAUCAUAUCUAUUUCUAUAUAAAAUUUAUUGCUGAUUUUCUUACUAAUGAUAUAUUUUUUAUACAGAUUUUUAAAAAGUAUUUUAUUAUUUUUUAAAUAGGGGCAUGUAGCUCAUAACACAGUGCUAAGACAAUAGUUUUAUAAAUUUCUUAUGACUUUUUUAUAUUUGAGCACAUUUUUAUUUAGUUUAUGCUUAGCUCAUUUUUUCAGAUACACUGCAUGAAACAUAAUAAUAUAUUUGUCAUAUUAAUUGCUCUCUUAUUAACUAGAGAAGACACAGUGAUAUUAAAACAUGCUAACCACUGCAUUAAAAACAGGAUAAAAAAAAAAAGACAUAAAUACUCUAGAUUUAAAUCCUUAUUUGUACUAUAUUAUUGGAUCCUCAGAAUCCUGAAUUGAACGAUUAAGGUUAAAGGUUGAUCGUUCUGUUAGUACCCAUGUUUGAGAAUCAAAUAGAGUUAAUUGGGGUGUGAGAACCCUCCACAGUUCAGCUGAGACUUCAAUGCAGAAUAAUUGCUGGAAUCAAGUCAAGGUUUGGAAGGUAAAGGGGGUAAAGGAGGUUUUGUGGGUAAGGGGCUUGGACUUCCAGCAAGCGUGCGUGAGCGUGUUAGAUAGGAGUGAAUGGAGACGAAUGGUACUUGGGACCUGACGAUCUGUUGGAGUGUGAGCAGGGUAAUAUUUAGUGAAGGGAUUCAGGGAAACCGGUUAUUUUCACAUAAUCGGACUUGAGUCCUGGAAAUGGGAAGUACAAUGCCUGCACUUUAAAGGAGGGGUUUGGGAUAUUGGCAGUUUGGAGGGAUAUGUUGUGUAUCUUUAUAUAUGUAUGCUUCUAGACUGUUGUAUUCUGAGCACCUCUGCAAAAACAAUGAUAAUGUGCGAGUGUGGUGAAAGUGUUGAAUGAUGAUGAAAGUAUUUUCUUUUUGGGGAUUUUCUUUCUUUUUUGGGUCACCCUGCCUCGGUGGGAGACGGCCGACUUGUUGAAAAAAAAAAAAAAAAUGCAAGUACUAAAAAUUCCAGUUCUUACUUGUAUGUCAUUGUGAAAUUCAGUCAUAAAGAGAAGGAAGAGAUUGGACCUGCUGUGAGUGAUCACCUGUCAGGUAGAUUUUUGGUUAAAAAAAAAAAUAGUGGAUGUGGGUGUGAUAAUUCUCCACAACCGAGCUGGAACUUAGUGAAUCAUUAAUUCUGAUUCUGUUUAACCCAAGCGUGGUGCAGAAAAUGGGGAAAUUUUGUAGAUUAGGCUCCAGUUUUCAGUACCUGCUUAUGUGAAUUAAUAAUGGUUUCUUUAAAAUAACAAAACGUUUGUUUUUAGCUCUUAACUCAUGGUUGAAUUCAGUUCUGUUUGGUAAAACAUAAGCUGACAAAAAAAAAGUACCUCACAGUCAAAUACGUAUAUACUGUAAUAUAUAUUCUAUUUCACUUUAAGAAUAUGAAAACAAGUUUGAUACAUUGGAUAAACUGAGCAGUCUGUAGGACUUUGACUCAGAUAGCAUAAAUAUUCCCUCCAUUGAGCACAGGAACUGAGUGCCUUAUUUUAGCAUCUGCAGGCUAUGUAGUAAAUCCAGUGCACUGAGUACAUGCCAAGUAGAUAUAACAGGGAUAUGGCUAAUGCAACAUUCUUGAAUCAAAUAUAAUAUAACAUGAAGUUCAGAAUAUUGUGAAUCUUAGCAAAGGGUUACAUGUUUCAGCCAGACACUUUUGUAGUUCAGAAUUAUGUCCACAAUUUGAAAGCUAUCAUGUUUUUUAUCUACAACAGUGUGUGCCCUUCAUAUGAAUAUUGUAUUGAAAAAAGGGAUCUGACCCCCUCUCCAAUUUUUAUUGUAUGGUUUAGGUAAAUAAGUAGUGGAAAAAGACACAAAAUGCAGUCAAUUGGAACAUGUGUUUUUGGAAAUGUUUUGGAAAGGUUACUCUAAAUGAGCAACCAAGGUACUAGGCCCAGAAAGUUUCCAAUAAACAAGUAGUAAUAAUGUUUGCAAACUUUUCUGAACCUUUGUCAAAACUUUAGAGUGUAACACAUGCAUGAGCAUUGUUUAUAAUUUGAUGUCAGUACAAAAAUAAAAUUUAUAAUGUAUUUGUGAUGUACUUUUGUGUUACCAUUAUUUGAAAUGAAAUGAUGGUGAAUUAGGAACACUAUUGCAUACCUUAGAACAGGUAACCCUUGUCAGAUAAACUUGAGGUUAAUGAGAAAAUAAAAGAGAUAAAACAGGAAAGAAAUAUGCAAAUUUGUAUGGGAAAUAUUAGUUUUAAACUAAUAGCGAAGGGCUGUAUAACCCAUUUAGGUUUAGUACUUUGCUUUGUAAACAUAAUUCACUUAGUGUGUAAUUCAGGCAAAAGAAUAAAAAAUAAUAAACGUCAUAAUUCCAUAGGUGAAAUGAUUCACAGAUGACUCAUCUUGGACCAUCAUCAAGUUUGUUGAUGAUGGUCAAAUAUGUUGUCAAGUUUCCUCAUUAGCUUGUGGGUUUGUUGUGAACAAUAUUGUAUUAUAAUAAUAUAAUAAUAAUAUGUUUAUUUUUACAAGUACAAGGUAUACAGGCCUAGUUGACAUCAAUGAGAUAUUAUAUAGAAAGCUGCUUGUUAUGCAGAGCAUUUUGGGCAUAUUUGGUCAGUUUUGUCCCAGGAUGUACUUCCAUGGGUAAACAGGGUCUGUAUUUUAUAAAAUGACAAACUUUUUUUUUUUUUUUUUUAAUGUACAUCUUGUUUGUAAACAAAGAUCUGAAUUUAAUUUUCAUUAUAUAUGUAUGUGCUUUAUUUACCAGUAUACAAUAUUGUAUUUAAUUUUUAUUAAAAAGAAUGCUUACUUUUCAAAAGUCAUCAGAGGAUUUAUAUAUAUCUUUAAUGGGUAAAGUUUGCCAUUUACCUCAUCACAUAUGCAUUCAUUGCAUUUAAGCUAAAACAAGAGUAAUGUAAAUCUCUGAAAUUUCACCUCUGGGUUUCCAUUUGUUUACAAAAAAAAAAAAAAUGAAAAAAAUUGAAAAAUCUGAAAUUUCUGCUUAAAAUACUAGGGGCAAAAUUGAAAGUUCAAUCUCAUCAUUGCUAGCAUCUGCAGUGUAUGUGAUAGCUCUUAUUUGAACAUUCUGAGACAUAGUACAUGUUGGUGUACAUAUUACACCAACAUGUAGUAUGCAAAAAUAAUUUAUUUGAAUAAUUAUACAUUAAUUUGAAACUACAUGUACAUAACUCAUACAAACGGUGCCUACAUGUAUAUUUUCUUAAAAUGUUCCUCUAAUUGUUUUUUAAACAAUUAAUGUGGUGCCUUUCAAUUGUAUUUGUGUAUUAUUAUUAUAUCUUUAGGUAUUUUAACACAACUACAAGAAAAAUUUAUUCUUUAAUAUUUAAAGAAUUAAUGAACAUUCUUAAUUUUAUUUUUAAACAUAUAUAUUGAACUACUACUUUGUGAUAUUUGGUUGGUUUUUAUUGAAUGGUGUGCUUGUGUUUUAAGGUGCUUUAGAAUUAGAAUUAGAUCAUCUUUUAUGUAGUUAAUGGGCAUCAUUAAUUUAUUAUGCAGACUCUGAUGUAGUGUUUAUUUAAUGUUAAAAAUAUGUAUGUUUAGCAAUCUGCUUAGGUAUUUUAUUUGUUAGCCAUGUUUGUGCUGUUUUUAAUAUAUAAAUACAGUAUAUAAGUAUCAAGGAUAUUAUGUUACAGUUGUUACUUUGAUAAAUGAUAUUAUUUUCUGUCUAAAAUUAAAAAGUUUAAUAUUU